GUCGCCUCAACCAGUUCAGUUUCACACGGUGGUCCGAUCGAGCAGUCCGUCGUUGAAAUUUUGUGAUACGAUCCAGAGCAAUCUUGUUGAAAACGGGCAGUUUAAAUAAAAACGGGAAAAAAUGUGCGACACCCCGGUGCCAUCGACGCAAAGCAUAGCGGACUACUUGGCACAAUUGCUGAAGGACAGAAAACAACUGGCUGCUUUUCCAAAUGUGUUUUUACAUGUCGAACGUCUUCUUGAUGAAGAAAUAGCACGAGUACGUGCCAGUUUAUUUCAAAUAAAUGGAGUCAAAAAGGAGCCCCUCGUAUUACCUGAACCUGAUGGUCAACCCACCACCCUCACAGAAAAAGUAUACGUCCCAGUAAAAGAACAUCCAGAUUUCAAUUUCGUUGGGAGGAUCCUAGGACCCAGAGGUAUGACGGCGAAACAGUUAGAACAAGAAACAGGCUGCAAGAUAAUGGUCCGAGGGAAGGGCUCCAUGAGGGACAAAAAGAAGGAGGACCAAAAUAGGGGAAAACCUAACUGGGAACAUUUGUCAGAUGAACUCCACGUUCUGCUCACAGUAGAAGACACAGAAAACAGAGCACAUAUUAAAUUAGAAAGAGCCGUAGAAGAAGUAAAGAAACUAUUAGUACCUCAAGCCGAAGGUGAAGAUGAGUUGAAGAAGAGGCAGUUGAUGGAAUUGGCCAUCAUAAAUGGAACAUAUAGAGAUUCAAGCACGAAAGCAGCCGCAGCAACGGCCUGCGAUGAAGAGUGGAGAAGGGUAGCAGCAGUUGCAGCAGACGCUCAAAGACUUUUGUCACCAGGUAUCCCCGGUUUAGCCAACUCCUUGAGGUCGCCCGCUGCGCCAUUAGGGGCUCCCCUAAUUCUUUCACCACGCAUGUCAGUGCCUACAACUGCUGCGUCGAUACUGAAUGGUUCAGCGCCACCAGAAUUCCACACAGAAGCCUUUGAUUUAAAUGGAAGAUGUGUGAUAGGCGGUAACAGAUGGAUGUUGUGUUCUCUACUGUCCCCCGGUGAUCCACAUGGACUUAUCUACACCCCGUAUCCUGACUACUCGAACUACGCAGCACUGACUUCGCCCCUUCUGACUGAAUACGCAACAGCAGAUCAUUCUGGUGCAGCAGCAGCUGCCGCAGCGGCUGCAAAGCAAAGGAGACAUUUGGGACAAAUCAGGGAUCACCCCUACCAAAGGGCUGGUGCUCUAUCUUAGAUAGAUCUUACAAAGGCUUGGAGUGCUAACUUGACAUCUGCCGCGGCCCUCCAACUAACGGAAAUACACCGGACCAUCGAGGUAGCGGUAUGUCUUAACAACUACAGAAUCAAUUUCAUCUAUUCUGUGACAUUACAUCACUAACACCACCAAAUGUUGCGCCUCAAAAAAUUUUCAAAGGAAAUAUUAGAUCUCGAUACUGAUUUGAAAUGGCCUUGUUCAAGAGAACCAUAGUAUUUUGUAGAAACUUAAUACCAACCUAACACCUGUGAAAUUGUGGAUCGACUGAAGCCCAGGAUGAAAACAUCUAUAACGAAUUAUUCUACAGGCCAAAUUUCAAAUCAGUAUUCUCAAAAAUAUCGUUAUGUAAUCUCGCCUAAAUAUCUGAUUUUGUAUAGUUGUUUAUAAUUUUUUUUUAGAUCUGAUUUAAUAUUUAAUCAUCAAUCAGUUCAUUUUUCAAUUUGCCAAUUUCGAAGUGUUUAAUCUGAAUGAUGUGAAUUUAUUGUAAUUGAUGAAAGAGAAAUGAACACUUUAAUGAUCUUAAAAGCGGCAUGUUAAAAGUUUCCAAUUACCAUACUGAAUAAUUUAUUGAUCUGAUUCUAACUGAUAGUGGUUUGAUAAUUUUUAAUCAAAGUACAAACUAAUUUGAAAGUGCCAAUGCUAUUUUAUACAGAGUGAUUUUUAAUUUUUGGAAUUAUCAGAGUGUAAAUAGUUGUUUUUUUUUUUUGGGAAAUUAGGCUACUUCAGUCUUUGUCACACUGUAUGGAAUAUAUGUAAUUCUUGAAAUUGAAACAUCGAAGAAUUCUCAAAUUUUUUAUACAAGACCAUCAGAUAGUUUGAAAGUUCAACUCAUUUAGAAGGUUUGGUGUAAUUUUGAAGAAAUAUUCUUUACAAUCAAUGAUUAAUAAUUUAACUCUUAUAAAAAACAUAUUAAUUCUGUGUACUAUUAACUGGUAGAUAUAAAAAAAAAACUAUCUGAUGGCCUUAUAACAAAGUUAGUAUUACAAUACUUUUCGAAGUAUUUCCAAACAGUACUUAUAAGAUAAGUGUUAAAUCGAUCAAAUUGUCAGAUAGCAAACAAUUUUUUAUGGUAGAUAUAAUUCACAUAGCGACUUAAAAAAAUGUUUUUAAUUUUUCAAUCGUAUUUGAAAUUUUGAUAUUUUCAAAAUCUAAUUUUGAUCAUUGAUGAUGUUCCCCCCUUUAUUUCGAUUGCUUUUUUUUGACGAUUCAACUUUUUCUUUUUAUUACGUUGAUCUGGAAAUGUUUUGGAAUUUUGUUUGAUAUUAUAAGGGUAAAAUUAGAAUAGGAACGCGCAAUUGCUUCAAAAUGUAAUUUGUCUGUUUUUACACUUUAGCGGUAGAAGGAUUUUCCGUCCCAAAAGUUAAUUUGCAAUACUGAUGAAGCAAUAAAUUUCAUUCAAUGAGAAUGUAUCAAUAAUUGAGUACCAAUUUAAUUUAUAUUCGACAAAUAUGUUGUAAUUUUAGAAAUAUAUUCGGCUAUAUUUCAAAUUAUUAAGCAAUGAUUUUUUGAUGAAUACUAAGUACUAUAAGAUAUGUUCAUUUGUGACUAUGAUAUUUAAUGCAGGACUGCAUUAUCAAAAAUUUGACUAAUCAGUUUUCUGAUCUUCACUUUUGAGCUAAAUGCUCAUAGAUUUUCUAAAUAACGCACAGUAAAAGUGCCUUCAAAUAUAGCUAUUAAAGUGCAAUGGAAAAUCUGAAAUGUGCAAUGGCUUCCUUGGUCUAGUAAAUGUUUUUAUUAUAGAAAGUUUAAUUACUGUUGUACUUAGAAUCUAAUUUAUAACAACAUAUUUUAACUUCUUUUGUUACUUUUUUACCAUAAUUUAGAACCGAUCGCCCUAUAUAAUUUCGAAUAAUUUUAUUAUUUAGAAGGCAUCCCCAUGGUAGCUCGAAAAAUGAAAUCAUUUAUAGUAAUAAUCGUUUUGUAGAUAUAUAAUAUGUGUCAUAUUAAUAAUAUUAAUGUUAUUGAAGGAUUAAUUGUUGAUAAAGAAUUAUAACCCAACAUUGGGUAGAUCUGAAACUAUUGAGAUUAUGUAUUCCUUAAUUUGCACAAAAUAAACUUUAAUUAUAUUA